GUUUGACCAGUUAGGUUCUGAUGGGAUUCCUUGUGUCACUGGGCUGGCCUCUCCCCAGAGAUUGGCCUCCGCCCCUAUAAAGCCUGUUGGGGUUCCCAGGCACCCAGGUUUGGUUCACCCCUGACUUUGGGGGCCAAGACACAGCCAUGAUGCUCAACUGGAAGCUGCUGGGGAUCCUGGUCCUUUGCUUAUACACUGGAGGCAUCUCAGGCAGUGGAGACCACACCUCUUCCCCACCCACAGAGGCCGGACCAGAGGAGGGCUCCCCAACAUUGCCUCAGGGUCCUCCAAUCCCUGGUGACCCCUGGCCAGGGGUACCCCCUAUCUUUGAGGACCCUCCACCUCCAGGCCCCAGUCAUCCCUGGGGAGACCCUAAAUCUGGAGUCUGGCCGCCUGAGCCUCCUAGAACUGAUCCUCCUCAACCUCCCCUGCCUGACGAUCCCUGGCCAGCAGGACCCCAGCCACCAGAAAACCCCUGGCCACCGGCCCCUGAGGUGGACCACGGGCCUCAGGAGGAGCCAGACCAGGACCUACCCCUGGAAGAGUACAGAUAAAGGGAUUUCCCAGAGGCUUCCCGAGCCCAUCUCCACCUUCUGACUCCCCUGAGUUAUCCCCCAUUCAGCCUAACUCUGUAAUUCCCUUCCUCAUUCCCUCAACUGUGUUCUCAACCCUGAAGGUCCCUCUCGGUAUUUUCUGUCCCCUCCUGAGAUCCGUAUUCAGCCGCUGCGUCUCCCCUCUUUUUUCUCUGACGGCAUGAGCAUACACCCUGCCUUGGUCCAGUCCUCUCAUCUACUUGCCCCCACCUCCUCCUCCCGACCCUGGGGCUCCUGGGCCCCACUGGCCGCUCUGUGUUUUCUGCUGCCACUGGGUGGCUCGCAGUUAGGAACUAUCAGGAGGUAGUGAUAGUGCUUCUGUGAAAUGGAAAAAUAAUUUCAUAAUUUUGAAUCUAGGCCGAUGCUUUGCCAAUGGUCUGGCCCCUCCUCACAGCCACACCCCUACAGAGACCUGGAAGUAACUUGAGUUCCUGGCUUGCAGUAUGCACCAGUAUGUGGGGCUCAGUCGCAGGGUGGCUGGAAAUGUAACUGUCAGGGUCCAAGGGCACUCAGACCCACGUUUACCGCACUCUGGGACCCGAUUUUGAAUAAGGAGAAGCCAGGUUAAGUCUCUCUUCAAUAGCUCAUAGUUUUUGCAGACCCCUGCUGAAACAUGGAAACAUUCCCAGGGGCAAGCGUGCUGGACAAGUGUUAAGGGGAUCGUUUUUCACAAAUAUAUGUGCCCCUUCCGAAAUGAAUCUGCCGGACAGCUGUCCCC